AUGGCCUCAGAACAGGAGUUAUCCACGUCCUUCAUCCCGGCUUUGUACAAGCCGGCUGCUCUAUUACCCAUUGCAAGGCACAAGAAAAGUCUUCUGUACCUAGUUGAGAAGUUCCCGGUCACAAUCGUGGUGGGCCAAACGGGUAGUGGAAAGACGACCCAAUUACCACAAUACCUGGAGCAGGCAGGAUGGUGCGGGGAAGGGAAAACAAUUGCUGUGACACAGCCUCGGAGGGUGGCCGCCACCACGGUUGCAACUCGAGUAGCAGAAGAAAUGCGUUGCAAAGUCGGUGAAGAAGUUGGCUACUCCAUUCGUUUUGAAGAUCUGACAUCUCCUGCCACCAAAAUUAAGUUCUUGACAGAUGGAAUGCUGCUCAGAGAAGCUCUGGUAGACCCCUUGCUGUCGCGGUAUUCCGUGAUCAUGGUCGAUGAGGCUCAUGAAAGAUCUUUAAGCACAGACAUCCUUCUUGGAAUUCUGAAGAAGAUCUGCAAGAAGCGACCUGAGCUCAGAAUCAUCGUCAGCAGUGCAACACUACAGGCUGAAGACUUUCUCCGUUUCUUCGCUGGCGAAGAAUAUAACCCUGAAGCAGAGCAAGCUGAUCUGGGUGGGAGCGUUGGAAGGAUCAUCAGUCUGGAAGGACGAAUGUAUCCUGUUGACAUGUUGUUUCUUGAGUCUCCGGCAGAAGACUACAUUGAACGCGCAGUAAAGACGGUCUUUGACAUCCACACCCAAGAAGCAGAGGGCGAUAUACUUUUGUUUUUGACUGGCCGAGAAGAGAUCGACACCGCCAUUCAAUUGAUAUCCGAAAGAGCGGCAACGCUUCACCCCAAAGCUCCUUCACUGCAGUCACUGCCUCUCUAUGCCGGCCUCACCACAGAGCAGCAGAUGUACGUUUUCGAGCCGGCCCCAGAAAACACUCGCAAGGUCAUCGUCUCCACAAAUAUUGCAGAGGCAUCAGUUACUAUCGAUGGCAUUGUGUAUGUGGUAGACUGUGGAUUUGCCAAGCUCAGAGCAUACAACCCAAAUACUGGUAUUGAUACAUUGACGGCGGUACCAAUCUCAAAGGCGUCGGCAACCCAGCGAGCUGGACGGGCGGGAAGAACUAAACCAGGGAAGUGCUUCCGGCUUUACACACAGCAUGAUUAUGAACAGAUGCCCGAGGCCACUGUGCCUGAAAUUCAGAGGUCAAAUUUGGCACCUAUCAUAAUGCAACUCAAGGCCCUUGGAAUCGACAACAUUGUCCGUUUCGACUUCUUGAAAUCCCCGCCGGCUGAGCUGAUCAUCAGAGCUCUUGAGCUUCUGUCAUCACUUGGAGCUGUAGAUGACUAUGCCAAGCUUACGAAGCCCCUUGGAAUGCGCAUGGCAGAAAUUGCCCUUGAUCCCAUGAUGGCAAAGGUUGUCUUAGCUGCGCCGUCUUUUGGGUGCCUGAGUGAGAUACUCACCAUCGCAGCCAUGGUCAACCUCCAGGGAACAGUUUGGGUACAGCACUCCGGUGACAAGAGGUCUGCGGAAAGCAAUCGACGCAAGUUUGCCGUUGAAGAGGGUGACCAUCUGACAUAUCUGAAUGUCUACCAAGCCUUCGUCACAAAGGGAAAGAAAGACUCGAAAUGGUGUCGCGACAAUCUCCUGAACUACAAGGCAUUGCUACGAGCAGUGAGCAUUCGGGGCCAGUUGAAACGGUACCUAGAACGCUUCGGUAUCCAAGUCGACGAGACACUCUCGUCUCAUAGCAGCGUUGAUCUGAGCGCUCGGCCUGAGAAGAUUCGGCGAUGUCUUACAACUGGCUACUUUGCCCAUGCGGCUAAGAUGCAGCCAGAUGGAACGUUCAGAACCGUCAGCGGAGGGCUCACAUUACAUGCUCAUCCCAGUUCAUUGAUGUUUAACCGAAAAGCGGAUUGGGUCAUCUUCCAUGAAAUUAUGCAAACGGGAGAGAAGACCUAUAUUCGUGAUGUCACGAAGAUUGAGAAGAGCUAUCUGCUGGAGUAUGCUCCCGAAUACUACCAAAUUAGGUAA